AUGAAUAAAUAUUAGCUUAGUUUCAAAGAUAAAGAGAUAGAGCAAAUGUAUUAGACUAAGUAGCAUAAUGAAUUAAGAAUAUUAACUCUGAAUAUUAUUUCGAUAGGUCUCUUUGUUAAUUAUUUUGUCAUCUCCUUGAAUUCUGUGAUAAUGAACAGAUUUGACUUUCUAUUUUGGAAAUUACUAAUGAUGGCCUACAUGUUGGUUCAAUACUACGCUGUGAACAAAUAUCCUCGACUUUUACGAUUGGCUUUUAUUCUCACAAAUCAUCUGAAUAGUAUAUUAUACAUAUUUGCAUCGGACGAUUAAUACACCCACGAAUUCGACAUCAUAAAGGGUGCCAAUUAAAUGGGAAUGGAAAUUAUAAUAGUAUUGUCAGGGGAAUUUUUGGACGCAGUUUUUUCGAUCCUAAGCUUAAAUCUCAUACGAGUCAUCUAUGGUAUUAUGCACAGUGACAUCCAAUUUUACAUACCCCAUGUCACAACUGCAAUACUUAUAAUAUACUUUGUAUUUUUCUUCUACAAAUUCCACUAUGCAAGGAGAUCCCAAUUUUUAUUAACUCUAAUAGACUCAUAAUGGGAUAAUAUUUUGUCUAACUUGAUUCGGAAACAGUCUUAUGUAAUUUUUACAUUUGAAGAAGACUAAUUGCACUACUCCAUCAAAUAAAUCAAUAAUUGUGGACAAUUCUUCUUUUAGAAUCAAGACGUUUUUUCGUUUUUAAGGGAAUCCAAUUACUAAGGAAAAACAGUAGAGUCAAUCAUUUUGUAGGAUAUCAAAUUAUUUUAAAUCAAUCACCAAAAAAGAAUGAACAUUGAUCUCAUUUGCUAAUUUCACAAGGAAAUAUUCCAUAUCUAAUACUCCAUCUACUCAGGUUAGAAUCCAACAAUUUUAAUAAUUUUCAAAUAACACAGCAUGUCUAGGAGGAAGUACAAACUAAGCAAUUUCGAUUAGACCUACAAUAAUUUUGUGACCCUAUUUCUGAAGGUAUUGAAUAAUAUAACUCCAACAUAACCAAAGUACUAGGAGUAUAUACAAAUUAAAAGACAAUUGUUUCUCUUUAAGUUAUUGAACUUUAUUUAAGAACGUUAAUUCAAUUAAAAAUUGGUCAACUUGAGUUAAAACUUGGCGAGUAUGGCAUCCUUAUAUCCCGAAAAGAAGAUAUUUUACGAAAGUGUUGAUGGUUCCCAUUAAAUAAAAACGAUAUCAAAUAUUUUAUAUUUUUUCUAAAUGAUUGUAUUGGAGAAUUCAAUAGGUAGAGGAGUCAAAAUCCAAUACAAAUCUUAGUAGUAGAUAUAUACUCUCACAUUUUUUGGCAGUUUCAAUUUUAAUAAACUAAAAUUUGUUGUCUCUAAAUUAUCCUACCCUCUAAAAAUGAUAUUUUAUAAAUUUAAUAUUACAGCCUAAAGAAUUACCUGCGAAUUUCAUUAGGAACCGCUAAUACCAUUUACGAAGUUGCAUGUCAGUAAAUAUCAUUGUAAUUGA